ACAGAUUUUUCUAAACCCAUCAUUAGGGCUUCUUUUGCACUAUAGAAGUCGUCCUCUUUCUCUCUCGCUCCACACAAAAAAACCCAGCUAUAAAAGUGUAUUUGUAUUGUAUUCAUAUAUUUCAUUAAAUUUUCAACUCCGUCCUGUCAUUCUCGAGCGGGAAAUGGCGACCACUCACUCCCCAUAUGUAUAACCCUCCCCACAAUCUUCUUCCCUUUUGACCCUUCUUUUCUCUUCGUUUCGAUUCGAUUCUCUCAAAACGAAAAUCUCCUUUCUUUUUCUCUUCUCCGAUUCUCUUUGGGUUUCGUCCAUCGAUUGCUUUGCCCAAUUCAAUUGGAUCGAUCGACGAAGAUAGAUAAGGGUUUAAACUUUUUUGAUUAGGGUUUUAGCGUUAGGGCUAUUUUUCUCUUAAAUUGUUGCUGGUUUUUUGGACGAUGGACGAGAGUGUUCUUGAUGAUAUCAUAAGGCGUCUUGUUGCGGCGAAGAGCGGACGGACCACCAAGCAGGUUCAGCUCACGGAGGCCGAGAUACGCCAGCUCUGUGCGACCUCCAAGGAGAUUUUUCUCAGCCAGCCUAAUCUUCUCGAGCUCGAAGCUCCCAUAAAGAUUUGUGGAGAUGUUCACGGUCAGUAUUCUGAUCUUUUGAGGUUGUUCGAGUACGGUGGAUUCCCUCCUGAAGCAAACUAUUUGUUCCUUGGGGACUAUGUGGAUCGUGGUAAGCAGAGCAUAGAGACUAUAUGCCUUCUUCUCACGUACAAGAUCAAAUACAAGGAGAAUUUCUUUCUUCUCAGGGGCAACCAUGAAUGUGCUUCCAUCAACCGAAUAUAUGGGUUUUAUGAUGAGUGCAAGAGGAGAUUCAACGUUCGUGUUUGGAAGACGUUUACUGACUGCUUUAACUGUCUUCCUGUUGCCGCUCUUAUAGAUGAGAAGAUCCUUUGCAUGCACGGAGGUUUAUCUCCUGAUUUAAAACACCUGGAUCAGAUUAGGAAUAUUGCUCGCCCUGUUGAUGUGCCAGAUCAAGGACUUCUCUGUGAUCUCUUAUGGGCUGAUCCAGAUAAGGAUGUUGAAGGCUGGGGGGAAAAUGACCGAGGUGUUUCAUAUACGUUUGGGGCUGACAAGGUUGCUGAAUUUCUUCAAAAACACGACCUUGACCUCGUUUGCCGUGCUCACCAGGUUGUUGAGGAUGGAUACGAGUUUUUUGCAAAGCGGCAGCUGGUAACAAUAUUUUCAGCUCCAAAUUACUGCGGUGAGUUCGACAAUGCUGGUGCCAUGAUGAGUGUCGAUGAUUCAUUGACAUGUUCUUUCCAGAUCCUUAAAGCUUCUGACAAGAAGGGAAAGCUUGGAAUUGGGAACAGCACGGUACGACCAGGAACUCCACCUCAUAAGGGUAAGGGAUAAUUGGUGCCACUAUAAGUGUGGUAAAUCAUGAGUUUGAAGAAAAGCAUAAUUGCGGGCUGUUCUAGAGUAGCGUCCCAUCUCAAUGUCUUAAGUUGUUUUGGUCUGAACUGGUGCUGCUGCCUGACUCUGACAUGGUUGUAACUGCGAGGUUGAUGAUAAAAAUCAGCUCUGCCCAUUUGUGCCAUGUUCUUUACACACAAUAAUCAGGACACAAAAGUUACUCCCUACACCUUGGAAAGAGCCGACAAGCCUUAAUAUAGCGUUAACCCAGUUUUCCCUCCCUCCCUUUUUCUUUCUUCUUACUUGAAAACUAAGUUAUAAUUGAGUUCUUGACUUUGUUGUGUGGAUCGGAGCUUCAUGAUUUUUAUUUUAUGGAAAUACUUCCAUUGGCAACA